GUACGAUCCUAUGGUAGGAUGUUUUGGUCUCCGGUAUUUAGGGCUCGGAUGCACACACUGAUAUGUUUAUGCCAAUACCACUGACCUGAGCAUUUGAGCGAGCCGUAAGCACCGGACAGGAAUACUCUGCGUAAACCAGAAUAUAAUUUUCUAGAAGAGUUGUGCAGAGCCGUACUGGAUUUACAGAACAUAUGUGCCGUGCAAGCAUCAUGCAAGCACUCAGCCAACGUGCGGUCUAGUGCUGGGGCUCGCUGAGAACAGAAACAGUUGCUUAUAAUGCCCCUGCUUUUGGGGGAUGCCGGCCUUACCAGAGCUCGCGCUGUAGUUUGCUUGCGCCGAGGACUCGCCAGCUGGAGAUGUUGGUCGCCUUCCGGCCGCCAAGGCUACCGCACCAAACAUCCCUUGUAUCUAGCUCCGACGCGCCCUGCUCCUUCUCCGCCAGGCCCUGAGGUUCUUGCAGCCGCUGCAGAGGAGGGGCCCCGACCAGGCAGUACGUCCUAUGACAGGGGUAGUGUUAUGAGGAGCAGGGCAGCAUCGUUGGGGCCCGGGCAUGGAGCAGCUGGGAGCAGCGGUGGCCGCGGGGAGGCUGGCCGGCGCUCGGGGCCGCUGCGAGACCGUGAGAGAGGAAGUAGGGGCAGGGGACCCGGCAGUGGUGCUGGGGAUGCCCGGACUGACCGUGUCUCUGGCAUCACACACUUGCCCACCCUCGUGGCCAUCAUCGAGGAGAACGCGCCAAAGUGGUCAGCAGCUCGUGACGUGUCAAGCCUUCGUGCUGCCUUCCUCACCCUAGCCAAGCUCGGCUCCCGCCCCGGUACUGACACUCGGCUGCUGCCGCGCGCCCUCACCACCCUGGCAGCCGCCUACGUGCCACUGGUGCCGGGACUGAGGGACGCAUUUUCCUGCACAGGCCCCCUGUAUGCCUGUGCCAAGCUGGGCUUCUGGGAGGGGCAGCUGGCAGCAGCACUGCUGGAGCGGCUGGGGCUGGAUGGCGGGGAGCUGCUGCAGCGGGCGGAUGGGAAAGGGCACGGCAACCUGUGGUGGUCGGUAUCAGUUGCUCCCAAGCAGCUCGUGGCUCUUGCGGAAGGGGCCCUGCAAGUAAGCAGCACAUGCCUCACACUAAAGAACCCCUCACAGCUCGCCUCACAGUCCUGCUCGAACAUCCUGCUGGCGUGUGCCCGGUUGCAGCGCCGCCACGACCCCCUGCUGCACCACCUGACCGCCUGCCUGGUACAGCUGCCUGAUGCCGAGUGUCAGCAUCUGGCCAACUCGCUGUAUGCGCUGGGUGAGCUUGCUGAGGACUGCGGCCACAAGCCUCGGAAGCAGGACCUGCAGCGCCUGGGAGGUAGGGUACUCGAGCGAAUGCAGCAGCAGCAGGGCAGCGGGCGUCAAAAUGGCAGCCUUGGCAACCAUGACAGCUUCACACCACAGCACCUAUCCAACAUGCUGCUGGGGUGUGCUAAGCUAGGCUUCUCCGACCCCGGCCUCCUCCACUCCCUUGCUGCUGCACUAGGGUGCUGCAGCCAGCUGGCCAGAGAACAAGAGCUGGCCAACUCGUUGUAUGCACUGGCUGUGAUGGGGUGCACAGGACCCCAGUACACCUCGAGUGUGAAGCAGCUGUAUGCAGAGGUGCUGCACCGCCUGCACAGUCAGCCCAGUCGGUUCGUUCCUCAGGAGCUGUCCAACAUCCUGUGGGCCCUGGAGCGGCUGCAGCCAGAUGGCAUGGACACGCUAGUGCAGGCCCUGGCAGCAGAGUGCAGGCGCCGCCAAUUUGUUAGCUUCAAGCCUCAGGACCUCAGCAACACUGCCUGGGCCCUGGCCAAGAUGGGUUACAGCGACCAAGACUGGUACGAGGCAGUCGUCACAGCAGCCAGUGCCCCAGGCGCCAUGCAAGGGGCACGCCCACAGGAAUGGGCAAACCUGUGGUAUGCCCUUGCGUUGGUGCGGCACAGGCCCCCUGACUCCUUCCUGGAGGCUACGGCACGGGACGGGCUUCCUUGCGCUAGUCCUCAGGAGUGCGCCAACCUGCUGUGGUCCCUGGCCUCUCUGGGCCUGUACGAUCAGCGGCUGGUGGAUGCGCUGGGAGAACGGCUGGGGGAGCUGUUGGGGGAGAAGGGGAGAGAAGGCGCAAAGAAGCAAAACCUUGCCAACAGCCUGUGGGCGCUUGCAGUGAUGGGCCCUGACGUGCUGUCCCGCCACAGCGGCCUGUUGGAGGGGCUGCUGAUAGAGGUGGUGCGGAGGUGGGAGCAGGAGGGGAGCGAUGGCUUUACAAGGGGGGAACUGGCCCAGUUGUGGCAGGUGCAGCAGGAGCUAGGUAAGGGCAGGGCCAGGGGCAGGCCACGUAAGGGUGCUAAGAAGCUGGAGCUCAUCCUAGCUGGGGAUGUUGACGGUCAGGACAGGGAAAUGCUCCAGGCAAUGCGAGCUGCAGCUGAGGAGGAGAGGCUGGACCCCACCACCUCCGAGCUGCAGCAGGCUGUGGUCCGUGUCCUCCAGCAGCUGCAGUCAGCCGCUGGCCAGGACAGCCCCCUCAGCCCCGCUUCCAGCAGCGACCCCAGCAGCCCCAUCCUGGCCAUCCUCCCCGAGCACCCGGUGGAGGCGCUGUGCUGCCGGGUGGACGUGGUGGUGGAGCUGGCGGGAGGGAGGCGGGUAGCAGUGGAGGUGGACGGGCCAUGGCACUUCCUGGCCAACCACCCACACACAGGCACCAAGACCGGACGCACCCAGCUGCGGGACAGGCAGUUGGAGCGGGUGUUUGGGGCGGGGAAUGUGGUGAGCGUGCCGUACUGGGAAUGGGACGCGUUGAGGCGGGGAAAAGAGAGGCAGCACUACUUGGGCGGUCUCCUGGGUGUUGGAGUGCCUUAAGACGUGAACAGCGUUUAGAGUCGUGUUUUGCCCUUCGCAAGAAGCAGGCUGGAGCCCGGCAACAUGCCGGUUUUGUUUAGUACAGUAGGCUGGCAAAAGGGUACAUGUACAUAAAGGUGUUUCAGUGCUAUACCGGUUGAUGCAGAAGGUCAGGCCUCCGCUCAAUGUGGCUGCGUGUUGAAGGAGAUCCCUACCUGUCAUUCUCUUGGAUGAGCAGCAGGUAGGAAAUCAUCAAACAUGCGGUGUGCCUGAUUCCUACCCUGCAUGUGAGGUUUGGUGCCCUACCUGGAGCCUGCAUACAUGGUCAACAUGGAGGUAUCAUAGGCUGCUCGAGUGGUCGAUAGCUAUGCCACGGUUGUCGCAAUGUCAAGUGUAUGCUAUGAUGUGGUAUGCUGUUACAUGGUGGGGGCCCUAUGCUAUGCCUUCUGGCUGUCAGCACAUGCCUAACGUCACUAACAACAAAGCAUGGAAUGGUUAUAC